UUUAUUCCCCUCGCUCUUUAGUCUUUACAGUAACAUACGAGCAGCGAAACCCUAGAAUUUCAAAUCAAUGGAUGAAAGAGACUACAGUGAUUUCGAGCGAGAAGAAGAAGAUGAAUCAACUUCGAAUGUUUUGAAGGAUAGAUUCCGCCUUUCUGUUAUCAAAAUUGCUGAAGCUGAAGGGAAGAAGAACAAUAUGGAGGUAUCUGAGCAAGUUAUGGGUUGCAUUUCUGAUCUUGCCUUCAAAUUUUCAGAACAACUGGCUAAGGACCUGGAGCUAUUUGCACAGCAUGCAGGUCGCAAGUCUGUGAACAUGGACGAUGUUAUACUUUCUGCCCAUAGGAACGAACAUCUGGCCUCGUCAUUGAGGCUCUACAGCUCUGAACUGAAGGGGAAAGAACCCCAACCUGAGAAGAAGCGGAAGAAAACUUCAAAGAAGGAAGGCAAAACUCCCUCUGCGGCACUUCAUAUAUCAUGAUCCCUAUCCAUUAUCUUUUUCUUCUUUUAGUAGCAGCGCCGUGAACAAUGUGUUACACACCCUGUCUAGAGCGGUAUAAAAGGUUACUAGGAUCGUUCUUCUAACCUCUUAGCUUUGUCCGUAUGUAAUCUUGCAUCAAAGGAUGAGAUUUAUCAGAACCAACAAACUCUCUGACCUUAAUCACCAUAUAUUUCAACCAAAUUGGAAACUGGGAACUCAAAAUAUGGUAAAGACCAUAAAUUUUAACGACCAAGCAUUAUGAAGGGAAAAAAAACACAGUUUCUAAUUUCCUGGAGAAUCAUUUCACUGAAGGAAUUAGUUCUAAAGGUCAGGCUUGCGGAGUUUCAUUCUUAUGGUCGGAAAGAAAAGACAGAAAGUCUUUUGCGUGUUCGAUAGAGGUUUCUACUCUCUCUUGGUUUCAUACAUUUCUCAUCCAGGAUAUAUUACAGGCCAUGUAUUUGCUAUCCAUUUGGCAUGUAUGUUCGUCAUCGCCAAGGGCCAUGGGUUUCACUUCCCAACAGUAUAAGUGAUCCAGAUAUACCCGAGUUUAAGAGUUGGGGGAACUUUAGAUUCAUCUUUGAUAUGUAUGGCAAUUAUUUCUUUCUUAUACUCUAAUUUCCAGAUAGUGUUUGAAUUUGAUGUGUAUAUUGUACACUCA